AUGCCGUGGAACUUGUCCACCGAUACCUCGACAGAGGCCAAUUCUCGUCCUCCCCUAACCUCACAACAGUCGAAUUCCCUUCCUUCCACCCCAUAUCAACAUGCGCGCAAUCUUUCGUUCCACUCGAGGACGCCUUCUCCCCCUCACGAAAGCACUUCGCCACGCUCGACCCAUUCCGAGUCGAUACACUUCCCCCCGUCGUUACGGAAGCCGUUCACAGGCUGUAAAUAUGAAACAGCAAUGGCCUUCUUCCGACGGAGGAUGCCUUAUACAAUAGGUGCUGAUCUGUUACCGGAGGAAAAGGAAGGCCUCAAAGAGCGGCUUGAAGCAGAGGACGAGAAGAGACUGACUCAGGAUAUGUUGGAGGUAUACGAUCGAUUAUUACCGUCGGCGGAGAGCGAUGAUAGACGCCGUCAGCUGGUCCGAAAGUUGGAGAAACUCUUCAAUGAUCAGUGGCCAGGCCGGGAUAUCAAGGUUCAUGUCUUUGGGUCGUCUGGGAAUAAGCUCUGCUCAAGCGAUUCAGACGUGGACAUCUGUAUAACAACGACAUAUAAAGAGCUGGAACACGUGUGUCUGCUCGCUGAAGUUCUCGCAAAACAUGGAAUGGAACGGGUCGUCUGUGUUUCCCAUGCGAAAGUCCCAAUCGUGAAGAUCUGGGAUCCGGAGCUGCGUCUUGCGUGUGACAUGAAUGUCAACAACACUUUAGCGUUGGAAAAUACGCGCAUGGUGCGAACUUACGUGGAAAUCGACGAGCGUGUUCGGCCUUUGGCCAUGAUCAUCAAACACUGGACAAAACGGAGGAUUCUUAAUGAUGCAGGGCUUGGAGGCACAUUAAGUUCUUAUACCUGGAUCUGUCUGAUUAUCAAUUUCCUGCAAACACGGGAACCCCCCGUGCUCCCGAGUCUCCAGGCACGACCUCAUAAGAAACGAGUGACAACAGAUGGCCUAGUUUGCUCAUUCGACGAUGAUCUUAGCUCACUCGUGGGGUACGGGCGAAAAAACAAGCAGACGCUCGGAGAACUGCUCUUCCAAUUCUUCAGGUAUUAUGGCCAUGAGCUCGACUAUGAGAAGUACGUGAUAUCUGUGCGGGAAGGCAAGUUGAUAUCGAAAGAGGAGAAGGGGUGGCACCUUCUCCAGAACAAUCGUCUCUGCGUCGAAGAGCCAUUCAACACGUCGAGGAAUCUGGGCAAUACAGCAGAUGACACGUCAUUCCGAGGCGUUCAUAUGGAGUUGCGUAGGGCUUUCAAGGCAGUAUCAGAGGGCAACCUUGAGGAUUGCUGUGAGCAGUAUGAAUACCCGCCUGAGGAAGAGCGAUCAUGGGAGCGACCGCCUCCUCAACCACGACCUACCCUGACAGCUCCGCCACAUCCUUCCCGGGGCGGCCGUGGAGGUGGUCGUGGAGGGCGUCAUUCGAAUCAGUACACACGCGGGGGUCAUUCCGGAGGCCGCCGUUCAUCGAAUACACUGAACAAGCCCAACAGUUUCCGGCAGCCGAAUCCCGGCAUGAGUGCCACAGAACUAUCUCUACAGGCGCAGCACGCACAGUACCUGUUGCACGACCACCUUUACCAGCAAAUCCAGAUUCUGCAAGCACAGGAGCAGGAAUUGCGAUUGCAACUGCAAAACCAGGCGCUGCUCACCGGAAGGCCCCCUCCUGUGCUCAUCCGCCAGCCGUUUAUACAGUUCCCCAUUCCUCAGCAGCAACAGCCGCAGCCUGAGUCGGGUGUUGAUGAUGGUUCUCGGUCUAGAUCCGGGACUCAUCCACCUCCCAGCGCGAAUUUACGUCCGCACGCAUACAACAGUUCCACCUAUCUUCCGGUCGCCGUCAGUCCCGUACAAGGAAGUAGCACGAAUCCUCCGUCGCCCUCUGCCGCAACUGCCCUCCCCGAGCUCCGACGUACACCGCGUCGCCAGUCCAUAGCGAAUGGCUCUCCUGGUCGAUCACUCAGGGCACACUCGCAGCCGGCGCGGCCGGUGAACUCCCCGGCUCUGCAAAGCUUUGCUCCAUUGUAUUCCGUCUCUCAGCCUGUCGACAAUUCUCAUCUCCCAAAACAGCGCAACAAUUCUGUAUCUCCCCCGGAGGGGAACCAGAGCGAAGACGAGAAUGCCUUCAUGCCCAGCAGUCUUCCCACUGUGUCCCGUACAGCGUAUCUGGAUGAAAACCGACCGUCUGAGUACAUGGGGUACUAUUUGGCCACUUCUCCGCAAUUGCAAAUGUAUCAUCAGAAUGCCAUGCUAUCGCCCUUGUCAGCCCCAGUAGGUCUGGCACUUCAGAAUGGCAGCAUUCUGCCGUUUGUGGGAGCCCCGCAGGAAUACAUGUCGACAAUACCUACCAGUGAGGCCUUUGGUUCGCCCCCUGAGAGCAGUGCUGCGCCCUCUGCCAAUUCCGUGUCAUCAUAUCAGAGAGCGACUCCUCGACCAGUGGCCUCUCACGACCGGAGCGGUCCUCUGAUAGUCGACGGCUCGGUGCCUUUGAGCGAGCAGCGCACUUCGGUUUCCGGGGAGGCUUAUGAUCAGUAUGCCACUAUGAGCCACUGUACUUCUACUUCUGACGAUCGCAACACGGACACCCCUGCCAGCAUCUCCGACUCGUUUUCCCAGGACUAUCAGGACAAUAGCUCAGUUGAGAUCGAUCAACCAGUGUGCUUUACCAGGCAGGCGAUUGACACGCCCAAGUCAGGAAAUGCAACUGACGUCUGGGUAAACGGGCACCACGGGAAGCCUGGUCUACUCUCAAGCAGGUUGCAAAAUCUCCAUGUUUCUAAUGGAGAGAAACUCACCGACGCCUCGCCCAGGUCUAGCCCAGAAAGGUUCAAAGGCGUUCAGUCGCGUCUUGAGAUAUCAGAUCAAGAAGCCUCUCGCUCUAAGCAAUCUGGGCUAGAAAGAGGAUUGCCUUCGUCGGGAAUGUCGCUGGCAGCAGAAUCGGCUCCCCCCUCAGCGAUUGGCAAACGUCGCUCGAAUAACGCGGACUCCUCUGACAAAUUGAAUGCCGUUAUCCACAAGACGAAGCCUAAAAACCGUCAUGACGGUCCACACAACAUCUCUUCUGGACCAGGGGAUAGCAAGGAACGGCACAUGCCUCGAAAGCCAAAUGGUAUCAAUGUGCCGACUCAUGAUUCAGUCAGCAAUCAUGGAAGCAAUGGAUGGCAGACAACCAAGAAAAAGCAGAAAAAGAGUGCCAAGUCAAUGGAGCCCCGAUCGGGCUUUCAUGCGGGUGCUGAGCCACUGCCUGCAGACGAGUCGUUGAGGAAAGGCGGAUGA